CCCCCCCUCUCCAUGGCACUUGAACUCGCCCAGACAAAUUCUUUUAAAAAGAAAAGAGGGUAGUAGACUAGUAGUGUAUAGUGGCUAAGCAACAGUCUCUAACCCUCAGUCUCGCUUUGGAUACAGCUGUGGGGAAAAGCCUGUUAACGAAAAGAAAAACAAUUAAUCAAGGACAUUGGUUUUCAAAACAUGGCGACCGACGACAAACCACAAACAUGUGAACUCGAAAUGGGAUACCAAACAACUGUGAUGUAUGGUCGAUACACUAGGAGUUUGGGUGAAUACGCCCGCGAACAAGCUGCAGAAUUGCGCCAAAUGCAAAAGAAUCACAAAAGGGAGGAAAAGAUAAGAAAUAAGGAGCUACGUUCUUAUCAAGGCAAAUGGACUUCGCGAUUCUUCCGUUUAAUAUCCUUUUUAUGGCGACACACGUUCGCCAAAAUCGGCGAAGAUUGGGUCUUUUUGGCGCUCCUCGGUAGCAUCAUGGCUUUGCUGAGCUACAUCAUGGAUUACGGAGUCAGUCUAUGCAACACGGCGCGCAUGUGGAUGUAUUUUGAACUGGCUACGCAUCCAACCGAACGCUAUCUAGCUUGGAUUUGUUUGCCCGUCUUCCUCGUCCUCUUUUCCGCUGGAUUUGUCUACUUGGUAGCUCCACAAGCUAUAGGUUCCGGAAUUCCAGAGAUGAAAACUAUUCUGCGAGGUGUCGUUCUCAAAGAAUAUUUGACAUUCCGCACUGGAGUGGCGAAAAUUGUAGCUUUAACGGCCGCGCUAGGUAGUGGCAUGCCAUUAGGCAAAGAGGGCCCGCUAGUACAUAUUGCCAGUAUCGUGGCUACACUCAUGUCAAAACUUGUGACGUCUUUCAAGGGAAUCUACGAAAACGAGUCGAGAAACAGCGAAAUGUUGGCGGCUGCAUGCGCUGUAGGUGUGUCCUGUAAUUUUGCUGCACCAAUUGGAGGGGUACUGUUUAGUAUUGAAGUCACGUCCGUUUAUUUCGCCAUUCGUAAUUAUUGGCGCGGCUUCUUUUCCGCAGUGUUUGGCGCUCUCAUGUUUCGGCUCUUGGCUUACUGGUUUGAGACAGAAGAAACCUUGACGGCAAUGUUUCGGACUGACUUUCGAGUUGAUUUUCCUUAUGAUCCCCACGAGCUUUUUAUCUAUGCAUUGAUUGGGGCUUUUGGUGGCUUAUCGGGAGCCCUUUUUGUGUUAUGUCACAGGAAGUACGUCCUAUUCAUGCGGAAAAAUAAAAGGAUCAGUGCGUUUCUUCAAAAGAAUCGUUUUAUCUAUCCGGCUGUGGUUUCGCUUUUCAUCGCAACCUUGUACUUUCCGCCGGGCUUGGGACAGUUCUUGGUAUCAACCUUGACGACGAGACAACAGAUUAUGAGCUUGUUCUCCAACUUCACCUGGAUGGGCGAUGAUUUGACGGCAGAGCAAUCUGAAAUUGUUUCUCACUGGACAAAUGAGUACAGCAAUCUUUUUGUUACGCUUGGGAUCUACAUGGCCACAACGUUUUUUCUGACAGUUUUAGCUUCUACCCUUCCAGUCCCAUCCGGCAGUCUCAUCCCAAUUUUUAAGAUAGGAGCAGCUUUCGGGCGUAUCAUUGGCGAGGCUAUGCAUCUCUGGUUUCCCGAAGGUAUCCGUAUAGGAUCCAUCAUAUCACCUGUCCUCCCAGGAGGAUACGCUAUUGUAGGAGCUGCUGCAUUUUCGGCUGGCGUGACCCAUUCCAUCUCGAUUUGCGUUGUUGUCUCCGAAAUGACUGGCCAGAUCCAACACAUCAUCCCUGUCCUAGUGGCUGUCUUGGUUUCUAAUGCCAUUUCUACUCUGUUACAACCAUCUCUUUACGAUUCAAUUAUCAUGAUCAAGAAACUGCCCUACUUGCCGGGCAUCAUAUCCUCCAGCAGUGCUGCUUACGAGAUUUUCGUCGAAGAUUUUAUGAAUCGUAACAUCAAGUACAUUUGGAAUGGCAUGACUUUCGCAGAGCUGAAAGCCGUUAUAAGGGAAAGACAGAAAAUCCGCUCUUUUCCGCUUGUGGACAACCCAAGAAACAUGGUUCUCCUUGGAUCAAUUCAACGCGGUGAGCUGAUCGAGCUUGUAAAGCGUCACGUUGGGCAUGAACGCCGCAUGAAAGUGGCCGCGCAACGACAAAUUGAAAUUCAGGCGAGGAGCUGCGGUCAUGUUAUCCCGAUAAACCUUGAUCCCCCACCAUGUCGUCUGGAUAAAAAGAAAGAAUCGCCAACGCAGGAUUGCACCAAGCAACAAACUUCUCGGUUCGAAGUUGUGAAAGCGACGGAUGAUUUGGGUAGUGGUUCAACCGAAAUUGCAAUUCAGCGUUCAUCGCACCAACUUCAGCAACUCCAGCUGAUCACGUUAUUGCCGUUACCCGAGCCGCAAACUCCCGUUUCCAUUCAGUCCACUGAAACAGAUGAAGAAACGCAACCGAGGAAAUCAAUUCUGAAAAAAAUUAAUCGGUUCGGUUCCGGUCGGCCAACAUUGUCUCAACAAGCGAUCCAUACAACUCCUACUUCAACGAUAACCGAGGCCGAAGGAAGCAAAUUCCGACAAGCCAUAGGCGCUUUCAUCCGCAAAUCGACUGCAAAUGGAGGCAUAUUUAAUUUUUCUAUUGCUGCCACAUCCGCACCAAAUAGUCCAAAUUUGUUCAAAAACGCUGGUGCAACGAAUAAAUCGAUUGACAUGACACCCGAAGAGAAGAAAGAAUGGGAAGAAAGCGAAAUGCUCAAACCAGUAGACUUCCACAUGUGCCACGUCGACCCUGCUCCCUUCCAACUAGUUGAACGAACCUCACUGCUCAAAGUCCAUUCAAUGUUCUCAUUAUUGGGCGUCAACCGCGCUUAUGUUACGACGAUUGGCCGGCUCAUUGGCAUAGUAUCCUUAUCAGAAUUACGUAAAGCUAUAGAAGACGUGAAUUCAGGUGUGUCUCUAGCAUUUCACCGCUAUAGUUUUAGUAGCCAAGGGGACAACAGCGAAUUCGAUCUUCAAGGUGUCUCCCCGGGCGCUCCGAAAGAUCUUGAAACAGGUCCCGAUUUGCCCGGAGUAUCGGAUUCUGAUUCCGAGACGGACCAAGACGAAUCACCUUCAUCUGCCUUUGUGAUUCCGGUGCAAUUUGAUGUUCAUCAACUGCCAGCUGUGUCGGUCAACGUAGAGAACACUGCAUCAACGAUCCUGCCGCAGGACAACAGCAUCAAAUUGAUUGUGCCCAGUGGAUUUGCAUGCCCCAGUAGGACUGGAGAAUUUUCUAACACUAAUAGUAAUUAAACCAGUUGUAAAAUGAAACCAAACUUUCAUAUUUUUGAUUGCAAUGAAGAUUGCAACAGGACUAAAAAGGCGUGGAUCAGUAUUAACAUGUGUUAUGGACUGUGUUCUUAAUGGACCAUCUGAAGCUAAUUGCAUUUAAUUUCGCCUUUUUCUAAAACGUAAAUACCAUUGUGUGUUCCCUUUUUGCUCAAAGUGUAGAUUGCUUUAGAGUCCUCUUUCAAUGAAUACCUCAUUUUCCCCCUUCUAAACGUUUGUUGAUUGAAAUCUCAACAGCCGCCAUUUCGUAAUGCAAAGAGUUCAGUUAUUCUACCAGAACUCGUCAUAGUAGAAUUUAAAAAUGACCAACACGCUUUCAUUCCGUUUUUGAUUUUUGUCAUUUUCAAUUUCUUUUGUUCCCUGACCUGAAAGCUAAACCACUUGUUUACUACCAAGAGUUGACCUCUCGUUUCACGAGCAAGCUGUUUUGGUAUGUCAAGUUCGUACCAUUUAUAUUGUCUUUCAUGUCUCAUUCCUUGUUUUAUUUGUAUUCACGAAACGAAUAGAUUUUUCUUUUAUGUU